AUGCUGGUAGCUGCUUUACAAUGUAAAGUCGAUAUUGGCCCGCGGGACUCCUGGACAAGGCUCGAAAAUUUUGAUGUACCGAGGCAGAAAGGAGGAAUUGAUUGCGGCGUCUAUUCCCUUCUCUACGCCAGAUUUGGGAUGGCCAAUAAACCAUUAAAUUUUUCGCAGCAGGACAUAUCUUCUUAUCGAAGAUUAUUCUGUCAAGAAUUGACCGCGGCUAUUGAUUCUCAGAGUUGUGAAUUAUGGCAACAACUUUCUAUUUCAAUUCAACCUUCUAAUGGUGCAAAUGGCAAUAAUCGGCAAUUAAUCGUCGCUCCAGAUUUUGAAUUACUUAAUCCUUGUAUUAAACAACACCUAUUGAAGAUUAUUGUGGUGGAAAUGAGGAUGACUCUUCUGCUGCUAUUUGUAAAAAAGAAUUGGGAGAGGUAUACGAAAUUUCUGAUUUUUACGGGAUUAUAUUUGAGAUUAACCAAAAAGGACAACAAAUAA